AUGGCUGCGUCGACUUCGACCUCCGGCAAUCGGGACCUCCCUGCAUCCAAGUAUGACCUAAGCACUUACUGGGGUCGGGUUAGGCAGUCCGCAGAGCUAUGCGAUCCAAGGACCCUGUUUGUGUCUGCAGAUGGCCUGGAAAACGCAAAGAAACUGAUCGAGUCGUACAAGGGCGGCCAGCUGCUGUCCAUGACGCCGGAGUUAUGGCAUGCGAAGAAAGUGGUAGACUCAACACUUCAUCCUGAUACUGGCGAACCGGUGUUUUUCCCCUUUCGCAUGUCAUGUUUCGUCCUCUCCAACUUGAUUGUGACGGCGGGCAUGCUCACACCUGGCUUGGGCACAACGGGAACACUUCUGUGGCAGAUAGGCAAUCAGUCACUUAACGUUGCCAUCAACAAUGCCAAUGCUAACAAGUCCACUCCUCUUUCUACCUCUGCCAUGGUCAAGUCAUACCUGAUGGCCGUCUCGGCGUCAUGCUCAGUUGCCCUGGGCCUCAAUGCGAUGGUCCCACGGCUCAAGGUGGCGCCCAACACAAAGCUGAUACUCGGCCGUCUUGUCCCCUUUGCUGCUGUGGCUACAGCUGGUGCGCUGAACGUCUUCUUGAUGCGCGGCGAGGAGAUCAGACAGGGCAUUGACGUCUAUCCCGCCGAGCCCAAGGACAGGAGCGCGGGCGCAGAAGUCAAGAGUGAGGCCGGCGAGGUGCAGAGUCUCGGAAAGAGUAAGAAGGCGGCUACUCUGGCUGUGGGCGAGACGGCCAUCAGCCGGGUAUUGAACUCGACUCCCAUCAUGGUUCUGCCGCCAUUGAUACUCGUUCGACUGCAGCAGAUGCAGUGGCUCAAGACCCGGCCACGACUGGUUCUUCCAGUCAACCUAGGUGAGUUUUUUAAGACCAUUUUUGUUUGUGUAUACAGUACCGUGAUGCUAACGCUUUACCUUGCAGGCCUAAUUCUAACAACAUCCAUCUUUGCCUUGCCUCUGGCCCUGGGCGCGUUCCCCCAGCGCCAGGCCGUGCAGGCAUCCUCUCUGGAGGAAGAGUUCUGGGGCCGUGGUGGAAGCACCGGCCUAGUUGAAUUCAAUCGUGGCAUCUAA